AUGGCUACCGAAGAGAAAGACAUCGACUACUCCCUCAACAACCCCGAUACUAUCACAAAGUACAAGACGGCCGCCCAGAUCUCGGAGAAGGUGCUUGCCGACGUUUCUAAGCUCUGCGUCGCCGGCGCAAAGGUCAUUGACAUCUGCGAGAAGGGAGACAAGCUCCUCGAGGAGGAAAUUGCCAAGGUCUACCGCGGCAAGAAGAUCACCAAGGGAUUUUCUCACCCUACCACUGUCUCGCCCAGUGCGUUUGUCACCCCCUACACGCCCCUGAGGUCCGACGAGAAGGAGUCGGUUGUGGAGCUGCAGGCUGGGGAGGCCGUCAAGAUCCAGCUUGGCGCUCAGAUCGAUGGCUUCGGCUCCAUUGUGUGCGACACCAUUUUGGCGGCGCCCGCUGACGGGGAGGCCCCGAAGGUUGUCUCGGGACGACAGGCCGACCUGAUUCUUGCUACUCACUACGCAAAUGAGCUGCUGCUGCGGUUGAUGCUGCCGCCCGGCCUCUUAGCCUCGGGCACAGAGGAAGAGAAGGCAAAGGCCGCAUCCGCAAAAGCGCCCUCGCAGUCCAAGAUCACGGGCCUGUUGGAGCAGGUGGUGGAGGCAUAUGACUGCAACCUCGUCGAGAGCACCACUUCGUGGCUCUUUGACCGCAACGAGAUCGAGGGCAAGAAGAAGAUUGUGAUUGCUCCAGGCGAGAACACAAAGGGAGAGGGCUCGCCCGAGGUUGGUGAAGUCUGGGGCGUGGAGAUGGGCGUUAGCUUGGGGUCCGGUAAGGUCAAGCAGUUUGAGCAGCGUACAACGUUGCAUCGCCGCACCGCCAACACGUAUGCGCUGAAGCGGCCGUCAUCGCGCAAGAUCCUAUCCGAGGUCCAGAAGAAGUUUGGCACCUUCCCAUUCAGCCUGCGUCAGCUCGACGACGAGCGUGAUGCCAAGUCUGGUGUCAUUGAGUGCGUGCGCGGCAACGUGUUCCGCCAGUACGAAGUGUCGGGCGACAAGGACAAUUCCCCUGUUGCCAGGCUCCUAACAACGAUUGCAAUCACCAAGAAUGGCAUCACUAAGCUGGGAGCACCACCGGCACUGGAUCUGAGCAAAUUCGAGACUGACAAGAAUAUCACGGACGAGGAGAUCCUCAGCAUCUUGGCGCAGCCCAUUGCCAGGAACACCGGCAGCAAGAGCAAGAACAAGAAGAAGAAGAAGCCGGCCAAGAAGACGGCUGCGGCUGCGGCGGCGAAGGAGGAGUCGGAUGAAGAGGAAGAGAGCGACGACGAGUGA